CAGAGUUGCAAGUACUUAAGGAGUGCGCCAGCUCUCAUUGCCUCCAGUUCAGCCCGCUCGUCGACGCUUUGUGACUACGCCUCCAAUUUUCAGUUCUUGAAUCUCAAGGAAACAUCAAGCUCUUCAAGAUGAAGCUGUGGUUUGUUGCUGCCAUACUUAUCUCCGUUGCGUUUCCAUCCGUUUUGGGUUUGAAGUGCAUGACCUGCACCAGUGCUGAGUCGUGGGAUAAAUGCGAAGGAAAAAGUACGACCUGCGUGGCUCCGAUGGCCGAUAAGUGUGUCAAAACCUACUUGAAAGUUGGCUCAGUUGAAACUUUCACUAAAUCGUGCGGAUCCGAGGCUUACUGUGAUAAAGAAAGCAACCCUACUUGUAAAGCCGCCAGUGGAUCCUUUGAGUGUAAAAUCGACUGCUGCACAGGCGACGACUGCAAUGCUGGCGCAGCAACGCGCAUCAGUGGUAUUCUCUUGUUGUCAUGCGCCCUGGCCUCUCUGAUGAUGUUUUUCAAAGCCUGAGACUUGACUGAGUUCGAGGUUGAGAUCCAGCACGGCUCAUGAUCAAGGCCUCAACUAGUUACACGCUUUUUUGAAGUAUGUCAGUUGUGAAUUAGAAUAGAACGUCUUGCUUAAGACAUAGUAGUAGUCUGUAGGAGGAUCUUCGUGAGACGGAGACGAAGUCAGGUCGAUUUUAACUUACAAGAGAGGAUGCUAGUCCGUCAUAGUCUGUCACGUACUGUGCUUAUUAGUUAAAGUAAAAUAAAGGCUUUUUCAAUUUUGUUACAUAAUGCUGCUGUGGGAAAUAAAACGCUGUUUCUAACUACCUCUUCUUCAAGAUUCUCUGAUUUGAUCAGUCCUAGGCAUUACAGGAAUCAUAUGGUUAAAAAUUCCACUCUUCCUCCACAUUGCGGCGAAAUUAACAUAAGCUUAUGUGCAUUAAUAGGUACACUGCUUGUUAGAGUAACCCGUAACACGUUAAAUAUCAUUAU